AUGAGCAGCGUCCUCACGGCGCGCGCAGACCCGGAUGCGCAGACGACGGUCACCGACUUCCUCGACUUCACCGAGUACCUCCCCGCCGACAUGAUUCGCUCCCUCACGCUCGUUGGCAAGCUCGACCAAAGAUACGCUGAUGCGUCGCACAAGGUCGACGACUUGACGACGCUCUGGGGUCAGCUGCCCGCCCUGCCGGCCCGCGAGCGUCCCUCGCCGGUGCAGCUGCGCGCUGAGAUUUCGGACAACUUGAAGCAGGCGUUGGACGCGAGGAUGUUCGCCCACGCGGAGGCAGUCAGGAUGGCCGACAACGUCAACCGCCACUACAACAAGGCGACGGCGCUGCUGUCCAAGCUGCAGGCCAUGAUGGACAAUUACCCGACAGAGGAGCAGGCCCCUGCCGAGCCGAGGUCUCCUCAGAUGACGAGGGCGAAGCUGACGGUCAGAGCUACGGGCGAGGAUGGGCAGAAAGUGCGGCGGUCUCGGGUCCCGCGCAUCACGGUCCCCGGCGAGGUUCUCGCGCCGUACGAGAUUGAAUACGACACGUUUAGCGACGAUAGCGACAUCAGCUCCGACGAAGAGUCUGAGCCGCCCACCAACAACCGCAGGAUACCAGUUUCUACCCCCAGGAUUAAGCUGGUGAGCAACAAGAGUCAAAAGUCCAGUGGCCGCUCUUCGCGUGGACAAUAUGCUACGCCUGCCUUGAGCGCUGCUGCUGCUGCGAAUGCGGCGGCGCUGCUCAACCCGCCGCCCGAGAACGCGGUCAUUGGUAGCCCUGAUGCGCCAUGGCUGCAGUUGACGCAGUACGAGCUGGCUAAACUGAGGAAGAGGAUGAAGAAGAAUGCUACGUGGACGCCCAGCGAGACCAUGAUCGCCAGGGAGCUCAAGGCCCUGUGUCGAGGACCAGAUGCCUACAGAGAGGCCAAGAAGAAGGCGGAGGAGGAAGGUCGAGUGUUUGAGGCCACGGUGCCGACGCCCGUUGUCGACAACGAGUCGGGCCGCCCGGAGUUACCCCCUGGCGCCAUCAGCGUCGACUCCUUGGCUGCCACCGAGGUGCCGACCAGCAACCGGGGGAUGAAGCUCAACGAGGCCAAGAAGCUCAAGAGAGAGCAGCUGGCCAAGCUUGCGGCCGAAGAAGCCGAGGAGUCUGCGAGGAAGAUGCAGCAGGCGGCAAAGCUGUUCCUGGGCAGCAGCACGACUUCCAGCAUGACCCCCGACAACGCAAAGAGCCCUGGGCCACAGCCCAAGCCGCGGACCAAUUCCAGAUCGAAGCGGAAGAGGGACGUCGAGGAAGAGGCCAACGGCGAUGCAGCAGCGGUAGCAGCAACAGCAGCAGCAGCACCACCAGCAGCGCUAGAAGGCGGUGAAGCAUCGUCAUCAUCGCGGCCGAUAACGAAGCGCACCAAGACAUCUGAGACACCAGUCCCACCGCCAGUGCCCGGUCUGAUUGUGCAGGGCGGCUCGGUGUCCUCCGACAACCACGCGCCCCCAGCUGCCGCGUCGUCUGGGGUUCCCCAGUCGGAGACUCCCGUCCCGAUCCCCAUACCUCCACAGUCCUCCAUCACGACGAGGUCAGCAACGUCUCCAGCGCCAGGCUCUACCCUCGCCGUCACGGCCAGUGCUGGCAAUGGCACCGUCACUGUGUCAACCGGUGCGCCUGUCAAGACUCCAUACGAAACCCCUGUCCCUCUUCCCAAAACGGAGCCGAGGAUGUCUACCACGCCGAUCCCUCCGCCAACGAUUAGAGAACUGCCCGGGCGAGAGGCUAGUAAGCGCGAAACGCGGGGAGAGGCGGCAAAGCGAUCACAGCAGCAGCAGCAGCAGCAGCAGCAGUCUGCGUCCACGUCACCUCAGCUGCCACAGGGACAAUCAGGAGCUCCCGAGGCAUCUGUCAAGCAGUCAACAUCACGCGGUGGCACGCCCAGGUCGACGCCGGUUCCAGACUCGCUGCCUUCUCGCCGGCCUGGCUCGCGAGGCAAGGCCGCAAGCCAGGAGCCGCAGCCGUCGCUGGCGGUCGAUAGAUCUCGCCGCGCCAGCACGGCACGCAACACUCCCGUCCCAGAACUCAAGCAGCCGGGCAAACGGACUAAGCGUCCGGCUCCCGGGGUCGUGACUACAACGAACAGCGGCGGUAACAGCGCCGUUGGCAAGCGGAAAGCGGCACCCAAGAGAAAGCCUCGUGCAACCAAGAGGGACAAGGGCCAGGUGACGGAGGAGAUGGUGGAGGUGGACGAUGAGGGCAACCCCAUUGAUCCUGACGAGCCACGGUACUGCCUCUGCAAUAGAGUGAGCUUCGGGACCAUGAUUCAGUGUGAUAACGUCGAUGUAAGUCCAAGCAGCGACAACCUUGCUUCUACGCAUAAAAGAACCGCGGCGCUGACAAGGCAGCAGAAUUGCAAGCAGGAAUGGUUCCACCUCGAAUGCGUGGGCCUCUCUGAUAUCCCUGCGCGGACGACAAAGUGGUAUUGCCCCGACUGUCGUAAGCUCCUCAACAUCGGAGAGAAGGGAGAGAUUAGUGCUCGAGGAGUUAAGAAGUAG